UCCUCGUGUCCGUCUAUCCGUCCGUCCGUCGGGGCGUCCAUCCAGCGGCGCAGAGCCGUUCGCAACCAGGCCCCAGCGGCCCCGGCCCCUCGUCGUCCCGCACCCGGAGCUGCCCGGCCGAGCCGGCUUUGGAGCAGCAGCCAUGUCCAUGGGCCUGGAGAUCGCGGGCACCUCGCUAGCCGUCAUGGGCUGGCUGAGCACCAUCGUGUGCUGCGCGCUGCCCAUGUGGCGCGUCACGGCCUUCAUCGGCAGCAGCAUUAUCACAGCGCAGAUCACCUGGGAGGGCCUGUGGAUGAACUGCGUGGUGCAGAGCACGGGCCAGAUGCAGUGCAAAGUGUACGACUCUCUGCUGGCGCUGCCGCAGGACCUGCAGGCGGCCCGCGCCCUCAUCGUCGUCGCCAUCCUGCUGGCCGCCUUUGGGCUCCUUGUGGCGCUUGUGGGCGCCCAGUGCACCAACUGCGUGCAGGACGACACGGCCAAAGCCAAGAUCCUCUACUCCGCGCCGCGCUCCACCGUCGGGCCGGGCACCGGCACCGGCACGGCCUACGACCGCAAGGACUACGUAUGAGGGGGCAGCCGCGGAGAGUCCCCACCACCCCCACGAGCUCGUGCGCCCACCAGUCCUCCGUGCGGCCUUGCAUCCGAGACCAGUCCACCCAGAUGCUAGGCAGCUCUCUCGCCGGACUGGGAGGGGCCCGCCCGGUGUCACCCUCCCCAGCUGCCACCCCUCCUCGGGCCGGGGAGCGGGAUUGCGGAGCCCAGAGACCAGUCAGCACGGACCAUGAAACCU